AUGACUGAUAACGCAGCUGCUAGUGCAGCCAAUACAGACCAGCCCGGUCGGCCCUAUUACGAGAGUCUACGGAAUACCCUCAAAAGUACCUUGAUCAAGAAGCGACAACUCGACGAGCAAUUGCAAGCGCUGGAAGACAACAUCUACAAAAUGGAAAGCAGUUAUCUGGAGGAAACCAACGGUGCUGGCAAUAUCGUACGCGGAUUCGACGGAUGGGUCAAAGGUGUUGUGGUAGGAGGAGACAAAAAGUCCAUCGACGACCGCAAGGCACGAGUGCGAGUUCGCGACGAGGACCGUAUCUUCUCGCGAAGCUCCAUGUCAUGGAUCAGGGCGCAGGACUCAGAUAUGCCCACGUCGGCUACCAACACACCUUCACACGCUCCUACACCAGCAUCCUCGGUACCACCCCAGCUUACCUCCAGAGAUAGCAACCACCCGACACCGAGUAGCACUGUCUCGAAAGCAAACAGCAAAAAAAAGAAAGCCGCCGACAAGGAUGAUGACGAGGACAAUGGGCCGGCAAAAAGAAAGAAGAUCUCCUACGGUCCGCAUUGA